AUGCAAAGAUCAAAGAUACUCACACAAAGACAAGAGUCUGAACUAAAUAGAGCUAUAAUUCAAUAUUUAGAACCCAUUUGUUCUGAAAAUGAAUCAAAUCAAACAUUAAUAAAUCAACUUUCCAAUUUACUUUUAAAUGAAAAUGAAAAUAAAUUAAUCAAGAAUAACGAAAUUAUAGAUAAUUAUCUUGAAAAAAAAUGGUCAAGUGUAAUACGACUACAAAAAAAAAUUUUAGAUUUAGAAAAUGAAUUAACAAAUAUUCGAAAUAUAAUUGAUAUAGAUAAUGAUGAAAAUAAGAUUAAAAAUACUUCAAUUUUGGGAAAAGAUAGAAUUAAUUGGUUACCUUUUAGUUCUUCACAAAAUUUUGAAACUUCAUCAAUAAUAAAUUCAGUAAAAUUACAUCCUACAUUACCAUUAAUUUAUGCUGGUUGUAUUGAUGGAUCAAUUCAAAUUUAUAAUUUUGUAUCAAAUGAAAAUUCAUUACCUGAAAAAAUCAUAAAAGCUCAUACAAGAAGUUGUACAAAAUUAGCAAUUUCAUAUAAUCAAAUUGAUAUAAAUAAAAAUGAUCAACCUCAAUAUAUUUUAGCUUCUUGUUCAUCAGAUUUAUCAAUAAAAAUAUAUGAUUCAAAAACUUUUCAACAUUUAAGAACUUUAAAGGGACAUGAACAUACAAUAUCAUCAAUUAAAUUUUCUAAAAAUUCAAAUCAUUUAUAUUCAGUUUCAAGAGAUAAAACAGUUAAAAUUUGGGAUAUAAUUGAAGGAAUAUGUAUAAAAAGUUUUAUAGGUCAUAGUGAUUGGGUUAGAGAUUUAGAUAUUUGUAAUAGUAAAGAAUAUGAUGAAUUUGUAUUAACUUGUUCAAAUGAUCAAAGUGGUCGACUAACUCAUGCUCAAUCUGGUAUUGGAAUAGCCAUGAUGAUUGGUCAUUCUCAUGUUAUUGAAACUAUUAAAUUUUUACCAUUAACUUCAAAUAUAAUAAUUGAUAAAUAUUUAAAAGAAAAUCAAGAUUUUUUUCCUUCAAUUCCAAUUGUAAUAUUAGAUAAUGAAAUUUAUAAUGAAAUUGGUUAUAAAUAUUGUAUUACAGGAAGUAGAGAUAAUUCAAUUAAAAUUUGGUUAAUUCCUCCACCUUCAAUUAUUCAAGGACGUUCUCCAAUGCCAUCAAAAUAUAAUCAAGCUCAAGCAUGGUUAAUUACAACUUUAACAGGUCAUCAAUCAUGGGUUAAAUGUAUUGAAAUACAUCCAAAUGGAAGAUUUAUAUUUAGUGGAUCAGAUGAUAAAACUAUAAAAAUAUGGGAUUUAAAUGAUUUAAAUAAUAGUGGUAAUAUUGGAGUAAUUAGAUCUUUAAGUAAUAAUGAAGGAUUUUUAAAUGAUUUAGAUUUUGCAAGAUUAACAAAAAGUAAAAAUUCAUCAGUUAAUGAUAAAAUUUUAACGCAUGAAGAGAUUUUAAAAGAUAUUGAAAUUAGAAUAAGAUGUAUGUUAGUUAGUGGUGGUACGGAUAAUAUAAUUAGAUUAUGGAAGUAG